UGGCCGGGGCGUGGCCGGGGCGGGGCGGCCCGGGCAGGGCCGGGAGCCACCGGGAGCCGCCGGAGCCGCCGCCCGCCAUGGAGCCCAACAGCCCCCGCAAGAUCCAGUUCACGGUGCCGCUGCUGGAGCCGCACCUCGACCCGGAGGCGGCCGAGCAGAUCCGGAGGCGCCGACCGACUCCUGCCAACCUGGUCCUGAGCAGCGACCAGUCGUCCCCAGAGAUCGAUGAGGACCGGCUGCCCAACCCCCUGCUGAAGUCGGGUCUGGCCAUGUCACCCAGGCAGAGGAAGAAGGUUUCCCGCACCACCCCAACCAUGAAAGAGCUGCAGAUGAUGGUGGAGCAUCACCUGUGCAAGCAGGCGCAGGGUGAGGAAGAGGAGGAGGCAGCCACCACCGGCCAGGAGCAUGGCCCCGGCCACUGCCACCACAGUGACACCGAGCACAGCCACAGCCCCGGUGGCACCUGCCCACUGGCCACGCACGAGGGUGGCCCCGGCCCCGGCGAGCGGACUCACGGGGACGGGCAGCAAAGCCUCGCCGAGGAGGGCACCCAUAUAGCACCAAAGGAAGGCGCCAGCAAGGGUGCUGCCAGCAGCCAGUAGCGUGGCUCCCCCCUGUCCCCAGGUGCCAGCGGUGGCGGGAGCGUGGCCGCGGCCGGGCCGAAGGAGCCGAACGCCGCGUUAUUUUUUUUAUCUGAUCAUUUUCUAAGAUUCCGACGGCUGCUUUGGGUCUUCCGGAGGA